AUGGACAGACCGAGACAGAUAUACUCUGCCAGCGGUGUGUGUGAGAGUGUGAGUGUGAGUGAUAAGAUGAUGAGUCGUCAAGCUUACUUCUACCGGGUCCCUCCUCAGGAGCUGCACAGGAGGAGCCAGCAGGACCCCACCAAGACUAAGGCCCUGCAGACUGUCAUUGAUAUGAAGGUAAGUCCUACUAUGGAUCCCAAAACUGAUAGUGUGAUAGUCGUUGAUAUGACGACAGGCCUAACAACUGCUUGACAAUUAACCAACACAAACAGGCCUGUAGUCUGACUUUUUGAUAGGCCCACAUUUAAGUCAGAUGGCAACAGUAGUUCAUCUAAUGAUCUGGUAUCAGUUUCAUAUUGAAACAGAGUGAAUUAUUGAUAGCCUGUAAGGUGAGCAUAGUUGAUUAUCUCACUGAAUUCAGGAAAGAUCACAUUACAAAAGAGGAUACAUAUUGUUACAAUACACACACACACACACACACACACACACACACACACACACACACACACACACACACACACACACACACACACACACACACACACACCAGUUUAAGAGUGAGUGUGUGUUGACUAGGAUCUAUAUGGGGCCGUUUCCAGGGAAGACAUAUUGGCCCAUGCAGAGUAGAGCACUUAUUCAAUUUGUUUCAAAUGUCACAUAUGGAAGCUUUCACUCUCAUCUCAAGCCUUUGAAGUCAGUAGGAGCUGUGAAAAAUGCAGUUGACUCCACAUGCAAGCACACACACACACACACAUACACACUUUGUGUUAAUUCAGCACAUGCCUCUACCAAGUGUGGUUUAUAGCUAAACCACAGUUAUUUUUCACACAUUUUGCCAUUUGUCCUCCCAUUUACAGAUUGCACAUUUUUAGAAGGAAGUGGCUUUAGUUCUUGAAGCAGCAUUUAUUUAUUGCUGAGGGAAUAUUAGAGAGAAAAAAUCAAAGAAACAUAUUGAUAUAAGAGUGAGUGAGAUGGAGAGAUGUUUUCUAUGGUGAUGGUUAGAGGUUGGCAAACGGAAUGUGUGUUAUGUUCUGUGUGUUAUUUUCUGUGUGUUAUGUUCUGUGUGUUAUUUUCUGUGUGUUAUGUUCUGUGUGUUAGUCAUGAGAGCAAAGUGUUGUGACUUCUGAGUGUAAAAAACAUCUGUGUUGUAAUUAGUGCUUGAUUUUGUUUGUGGCAAUGUGUGUGUUAUGUUGUUGGUGCUGAGACGUGUGUGUUGUGUUGUAAUGAGUGUCUGAGACGUGUGUGUUGUGUUGUAAUGAGUGUCUGAGACGUGUGUGUUGUGUUGUAAUGAGUGUCUGAGACGUGUAUGUUGUAUUGAGUGUCUGAGACGUAUGUGUUGUGUUGUAAUGAGUGUCCUGAGACGUGUGUGUUGUGUUGUAAUGAGUGUCUGAGACGUGUAUGUUGUAUUGAGUGUCUGAGAUGUGUAUGUUGUAUUGAGUGUCUGAGACGUGUGUGUUGUGUUGUAAUGAGUGUCUGAGACGUGUGUAUUUGUGUUAUGUGAUUUCAGACCACACCCCCUUUCUGUUUUGAUCCUGACGUGAUCUGGCAGGUACAGUAGGAUCUCCUCAUCCCACCCCUCUACCUGCUCUAGUCUCCUCCCAUGGCAAUCCUCAAUACAUGACACACAUCUACAGUGUGCAAUAAAGCCCUUAACAAUCCUCAAUGUGUAUUGUCUCUACUGCAGGCUGUGAUUGUACAGUAGCCGGUCUGUCAGUCACUCUUCUCUCCCUGCACAUUGGUUUCUAACCCCAUACAGUUGGAGUGAAACAUGAUGACGUUCUGCAUCCCAACAUAAACUGAACAUGGGGUAGCAAGUAGAAGAUAUCAUAAUCAAUGUGUUGGAAAUGGCCUUUACAAUCACGUUUUGCCAAAGGUGGAACUUUCUUUGUGUUGAGAUAUGACCCCCUAUUUUCUAUAUAGAUUAUUUUCACUUUUUUGGUUUCUUUGUGUGUAAUCUCUGUGUGGUUUCUGUACAUGGUGUGUUUUGUCUGAUUUGAGAGGAACACAUGAGAUGAUGCAUGUUGCUGCUGUGUUGCUUUGAUGGUUUGGAUUCGUCUGCUUUGUGUGUUUUCCUCUGCAUGUGUAUUCAUAUAGCUACUGUAACACAAAGACAGUAAAACAAAGACUACCUUGGGGCAAGGGGUAUAGUUUGGGGUGGAUGUGUGUGAGCAUAGGUUUGUGAAUUGGGUGUAGGCAUGCAGGAUGUAAAAUCAUGUAGGUGUGUGUGUGUGUGUGUGUGUGUGUGUGUGUGUGUGUGUGUGUGUAGUGUGUGUGCAUGUAGGAUGAUAUGCAGUAUACCAUAGUGUAUGUUGGGGCGGCGGUGGAUGGGGUGGGGGAUGUCAGUAGAGUUCUAGUAAUCGAGGUCAGAUGCUUGCAUGCAGCCUGAGGUUUCUACCGAUGCCAUCAUACAAUCUGCUUCCAUUUAUUCCAUUACCUUCUCAUCUUCUCCAAGGUUUACCGUUUAACGUGUGUCUGGUCUUAUGGAGCUAAACAAGCUCAGAACCUGUCCCAUUCCCUCAUAGAUACUGUGCAUGCAGGAACAAAUACAACCCGCUUUGUCACUAUACAGAACUCUGGCCUUUUCCCUCCCUUUACUAUUGGACCCAGUCACUGGUUCAGUUGUAUGUCCUGGCUAGGACGGGUCUGCUUUUGUCUGUGUGCCAGUCCAUCACUAUUACACACCUGUCUUUUCAGCUAAUAAUCAAGACUGGUAUCUAUCUCACCCAUACUGUCCCAUUUAGCUCUCUGUGUGCCUUGUCUCUGGGUACGGUGUCAUGUCUGCUUGCAGUCUCGUCUCUUCUUCUCUUUUCUGUUCAUCUUUUUUUGUCAUCAACCCUUUAUUAAAUAUACACUUUGAGAGGCUGACUCCGCGUCGACCCUUGCCGUCUCGACUCUACCUCCUUUCUAUUCACACCUUUUACAAGCCAUCAUGGCCUUUUCUGUGGCUGACGUUGGUUUCUCCCCCUCUUGGCUGGUGUGUGUACUGUAGGACACUAAGAUAUCGUCUCUGGAGAGGAACAUCCGAGACCUGGAGGAUGAGGUCCAGUUGAUGAAGACAAGUGGGCUGCUCCACCCUGGCGACCGCCUGGAUGAACUCAAACACAUGGAGGUCUACAAGAGCCACUCCAAGUUCAUGAAAAAACAGGUAGAGAGAGACUCACUGGACUGGUGUCACUCUGCUUGACAUCUCCGCAUGUUGCUAUGGUUGUGUAUGUCGCCUCUGCAUGGUUGUGAAGAAGCAAAGUAUCACGUCAACAGCACUGUUAAUUGUGCAUGUGUCGACUGCAUGUGUCUAUGCUUUCUCCUUUACUGGGCUCUGUGCAUGUCACUAUUGGAUGUCACUGCCAUGUCUCUACUGCAUGUGCCUCCUUCAACUUCAACAUCUCAUCUCCAGUCCUAUCCACUGCAUGUCCUAACCAUAUGUUUACUGUUUGCAAGGUAUCACAUCAACUGUACUCUGCAUGCCUCUACAGUUGUCUGUGCAAAACCUUUAUGUUUCUACUAUCUCUGGUCAAAACUUUCUGGCUUUUCAGCCAAGACACAAAAGGAUUGAGCCGUCACUCACUUUGGAAAAUCUUGACUGAACCAACUAUUUCACCAAACUCUCUUCACUUCUCGUCGCCGCCAUGACACAGCUUUUCGGCUUCUCCUCCAGCUCUCCAUGGAAGACACAAGCCAUAUUGGUUUACGGGCGAUGGUGUCCAUUUGCACUACUUCCUUUGUCAGACAGGAAGCUGCAGUUUUAUAAGAGCAAGGUCUGGUUUCUGUGGCGCAAGCUCUCUCUUAUGGUUUAUUCAUAUAUACUCACACACACGCACACACACACACACACACACACACACACUGUCCAGUAAACACAAACCAUCAAUAAUCCUACUCUACUCUAAAUGGUACAUCCAAUAUUCCAUCGGUGUAUCAACAUGAAGCAUUUCUUUUAAUGGGAAGGCCCGCUCUAAUAGCUUUAUGGGGUGAUGUAUGAAUGGAGGUAUAUGAAAGGCCAGUGGUUUAAUAACAUCAGUGUUGGGUUUCAGAGCUCUGUGUGAGUGUCUGUGAUGGCCCGGGGUCGAUGAGUAGCGUUUCAUGUGAAAAUGUUUCUGUUUGGUUUGUUAAUGGUGCUCUUUGUAGUCCCCAUUUGACAGUGCAUUGGGGAAGUUUCUGAUGCAAUCAUAAAGGGAUGUUUUUAUGAAUGGGGCUUUGACAGACGGCUAUGAGCUAACAACAGCAGAGGAAGGAGCUCUCUCCUCAUGGAGACUGGCCUGGAAUGAUACAACAUACUGACGGCUGGAGUUUGGUGUCAGAGGCCUCGUCUUUCUGCACACACACACACACACACACACACACACACACACACACACACACACACACACACACACACACACACACACACACACACACACACACACACACACACACACACACACACACACACACACACACACACACACACACACACACACACACACACACACACACACACACACACACACACACACAGCUACCCACCUCCCACACACACACACAUAUUUAUCACAUAUAUCCCUCGUCUACAGUAUCUUCCUGGGACCUGGUCUUUCAGCGCGGGGGAGGUUGGUGGUGAGCUGAGGAGGAAUCAAAUAGGGGGACAUUGAUAAGGGGAGGACAGGCUGCUCUGAUGAAGGGACAGGACAGCCUCUCUGGGUCUUUGGUUUCCUCACUGGGCUGCUUAUCUGGGUCAGAGCCCCAACCAGGCCUGACCUAGUAGUAUACUAGCCUGUAUACAGUGCCUUUAGAAUGUACUCACAGCCCUUGACUUUUUCCACAUUUUUGUUGUGUUACAGCCUGAAUUUAAAAUUGAUUAAAUUGAGAUUUUUUUGUCACUGGCCUACACACAAUACCCCAUAAUGUCAAAGUGGAAUUAUGUUUUAUUAAAUUAAUAAAAAAUGAAAAGCUGAAAUUACUUGAGUCAAUAAGUAUGCAACCCCUUCGUCAUGGCAAGCCUAAAUAAGUCCAGAAGUAAAAAUGUGCUUAACAGGUGACAUAAUAAGUUGCAUGGACUCUGUGUACAAUAAUAGUUUUUAACAUGAUUUUUGAAUGACUACCUCAUCUCUGUACCCCUCAUAUACAAUUAUCUGUAAGGUCCCUCAAACACAGAUUCAGCCACAAACACUAAGGAUGUUUUCCAAUGCCUCGCACAGAAGGGCACCUGUUGGUAGAUGGGUAAAGAUUUUUUUUAAAGCAGAUAUUGAAUAUCCCUUUGAGCAUGGUGAAGUUAUUAAUUACACUUUGGAUGGUGUAUCAAUACAACCAGUCACUACAAAGAUACAGGCGUCCUUCCUAACUGUUGCCAGAGAGGAAGGAAACCGCUCAGGGAUUUCACCAUGAGGCCAAUGGUGAUUUUAAAACAGUUUAAAAUCACAAUUUAAUGGCUGUGAUAGGAGAAAACUGAGGAUGGAUCAACAACAUUGUAGUUACUCCACAAUACUAACCUAAUUGACAGAGUGAAAAGAAGGAAACCUGUACAGAACAAAAAAUAUUCCAAAACAUGCAUCCUGUUUGCAACAAGGCACUAAAGUAAUACUGCAAAAGAUGUGGCAAAGCAAUUAACUUUUUGUCCUGAAUACAAAGUGUUAUGUUUGGGGCAAAUCCAAUACAACACAUUAUUGAGAACCACUCUCCAUAUUUUCAUGCAUGGGUGGUGGCUGCAUCAUGUUAUGGGUAUGCUUGUAAUCGUUAAGGACUGGGGAGUUUUUCAGGAUAAAAAAGAAACGGAAAGGAACUAAUCACAGGCAAAAUCCUAGAAGAAGAGAUUAAUUCACCUUUCGGCAGGAAAAUAACCACAAAUAUCUACACUGGAGUUGCUUACCAAGAAGACAGUGAAUGUUCCUGAGUGGCAAGUUACAGUUUUUACUUAAAUCUGCUUAAAAGUCUGUGGCAAGACCUGAAAAUGGUUGUCUAGCAAUGAUCAACAACCAAUUUGACAGAGCUUGAAGAAUUUUGAAAAGAAUGAUGGGCAAAUGUUGCACAAUCCAGGUGUGGAAAGCUCUUAGAGACUUACCCAGAAAGACACAGCUGUAAUAGAUAAGAUCUUGCUACCAUGGAAAGGUAAAUAACUGUCAAUUUGUGGAAAAAUUGCCCUGAUUAACUCUUUAGUAUUAUCCCAGUUGACCUAUUUGUUUAUGGUCUUGCCUACGCCUAGCGAACAGUUUUUUAAAUUAUAUGAGAAAAACAGAUUCAAUUUUAUUUGGAACGGCAAGCCAGACAAAAUUAAACGGGCCUAUUUAUAUAAUGAAUAUUAAAGCAUUAGACCUAUCACUAAAAGCUUCAGUCAUACAAAAGUUAAACUUAAAUCUGAACUUGCAUUAAAGAACAUAAUUGGUUAAAGAAAACUGUGAUAAAUAAAAAAGUAUACCAGUUUCAUUUAAGGACCGAAGGAUUGACAGCCGUCCCAUAUAGAUUGCAAAAUAGAAGAAAAAAUAACAUAUGGGGGAUUGGAAUUGAUGCAGACAAUUACAUUAAUGGAAGUUACAAUCGAUCUGCAAUAUUAAAGCUGAUCUACCCCUGAAAAAAAAAAAAAAGACAGCUGUAAUAACUGCCAAAGGUGAUUCUAAAAUGUAUUGAAUCAGGGGGCUGAAUACUUAUCUAAUCAAAAUGUACAGUAUUAGUUUUUUAUUUUUUAUAAAUAAAAAAAUGUUUUUCUUCCACUUUGACAGAGUAUUUAGUGUAAAUUAUUGACAAUAAAAUCCAUUUUAAUCCCACUUUGUAAAAACAAAACGUGGAUAAAGUAAAGGGGUGUGAAUACUUCAUAUAUACAGUGCAUUCGGAAAGUAUUCAGACCCCUUGACUUUUUCCACGUUUUGUUACUUUACAGCCUUAUUCUAAAAUUGAUUCAAUUGUUAUUUCCCCCUCAUCAAUCUACACACAAUACCCCAUAUUGACAAAGCAAAAACAGGUUUUUAGAUAUUUUUCCAAAUUGUAUAAAAAUUGAAAACGGAAAUAUCACAUUUACAGAAGUAUUCAAACCCUUUACUCAGUACUUUGUUGAAGCACCUUUGACAGCGAUUACAGCCUCUAGUCGUCUUGGGUAUGACACUACAUGCUUGGCACACCUGUAUUUGGGGAGUUUCUCCCAUUCUUCUCUGCAGAUCCUCUCAAGCUCUGUCAGGUUGGAUGGGGAGUAUCGCUGUACAGCUAUUUUCAGGUCUCUACAGAGAUGUUCGAUUGGGUUCAAGUCCGGGCUCUGGCUGGGCCACUCAAGGACAUUCAGAGACUUGUCCUCAAGCCACUCCUGCAGUGUCUUGGCUGUGUGCUUAGGGUCAUUGUCCUGUUAGAAGGUGAACAUUCGCCCCAGUCUGAGGUCCUGAGCGCUCUGGAGCAGGUUUUCAUCAAGGAUCUCUCUGUACUUUGCUCCGUUCAUCUUUCCCUCGAUCCUGACUAGUCUCCCAGUCCCUGCCGCUGAAAAACAUCCCCACAGCAUGAAUGCUGCCACCACCAUGCUUCACCGUAGGGAUGGUGCCAGGUUACCGCCAGACGUGAAGCUUGGCAUUCAGGCCAAAGAGUUCAAUCUUGGUUUCAUCAGACCAGAGAAUCUUGUUUCUCAUGGUCUGAGAGUCCUUUAGGUGCCUUUUGGCAAACUACAAGCAGGCUGUCAUGUGCCUUUUACGGAGGAGUGGCUUCUGUCUGGCCACUCUACCAUAAAGGCCUGAUUGGUGGAGUGCUGCUGAAAUGGUUGUCCUUCUGGAAGGUUCUCCCAUCUCCACAGAGGAGCUCUGUCAGAGGGACCAUCGGGUUCUUGGUACCUCCCUGAUUGCUAAGUUUGGCCGGGCGGCCAGCUCUAGGAAGAGUCUUGGUGGUUCCAAACUUCUUCCAUUUAAGAAUGAUGGAGGCCACUGUGUUCUUGGGGACCUUCAGUGCUGCAGAAAUGUUUUGGUACCCUUCCCCAGAUCUGUGCCUCGACACAAUCCUGUCUUGGAGCUCUACGGACAAUUCAUUCGACCUCAUGGCUUGGUUUUUGCUCUGACAUACACUGUCAACUGUGGGACCUUUAUAUAGACAGGUGUGUGCCUUUCCAAAUCAUGUCCAAUCAAUUGAAUUUACCACAGGUGGACUCCAAUCAAGUUGUAGAAACAUCUCAAGGAUGAUCAAUGGAAACAGGAUGCACCUGAGCUUAAUUUUGAGUCUCAUAGCAAAAGGUCUGAAUACUUAUGUAAAUUGGGUAUUUCUGUUUAAUUUUUAAUACAUUUGCAAAAAUUCUAAAAACCUCUUUUCGCUUUGUCAUUAUGGAGUAUUGUGUGUAGAUUGAUGAGGGAAAACAUUUAUUUAAUCCAAUUUAGAAUUAGGCUGUAACGUUACACCACUGUGCACUGUAGAUGCCAGUGGUGUAACUUCAGUUCUCCUAGAGUAAGUGUAAAACUUUCACUCACUAUUGGGCUAUUAGUGAUAAUAAACUACUAUUGCUUAGUGAUGCUAGGUCAGUGUAAGGUAGUGAUGGCGUGUAGUUUAGAGGUUGUUUUGUUCUUGUGUUUUUGUCUCCGUAGGAGGCCGUGUGUCAGUGGUCCUGGGAUCCUCCAGGGCCAGGGGCCCCCCACCACACUUAGACCCCCACCCCACCUUCCUCCUCUUCCAGCAGCCCUGAAUAGCAGACCGCUCAGCAGUACCCCUCUUUUACCUUCUCUCUUUCAUAUCUCUCCCGUUUCUUUUUCUCAAUUUUCUCUUCCUCUUUCUGUCCCCUCCACUCUCCCAUCUUACCUCUCUCUUUUCUCUCUCUUUUUGCCUGUUUCUCUCUCCCUCUUUCUUUUUCUCUUUCUCCAUCUCUAUCCCUGUCUCUCUCUCUCUCUCUUUCUCCAUCUCUAUCCCCGUCUCUCUCUCUCUCUCUCUCCUCUCUCUCUCUCUCUCUCUCUCUCUCUCUCUCUCUCUCUCUCUCGCUCUCUCUCUCUCCCUCUCUCUCUCUCAGAGUCAAAAGUGAUUGGCCCAGCUUUCUCUCUCCCUCUCAGAAUUCUAAAGUCAUGACAUGCUCCCCGCCGAGCAGCACAAUUAACAAAUCUCCCUCAGAAAUCAACCUCUCACAUUUUUGGCACUGGAGCGCAGAUGACAAUCUUUGUGCACAUAGCUAGCCCACUCGCAGAAAAAAACUGAGCGUGGAAAAAAAAAAAACGAACGGGUCCAUUUGAUUUCCUUAGUGGUUGUUCUGUGCUGUUCUUUCAGCUCUUUCCCUUCAAUUACACAAUUUCAAAAACGAUCAGUAAUCUUGCAGAUAUUUGAGUGUAAUACAGCUUCUCAUAACUAUUUUUCUCCCCCUACGAGUGUUUUUCCUUGUCUCAGUUUGGGUGUUUGGACUGUUGUUUCCAUGGGGUCUGUAGUAGUAGGAGUGUGUCUUGGAUAGAGAAGCAUUUCUAGUCUUCUAGAGGAUUAAUCAUUCUGGCCCUCUGUGUGUAUUGGAGAGUGUGUGUCCACGUCUGCCCUCCACGUUGUAUUUAUGUACUCAACAAUGUCUCCAAGGUGAUUGUGGAGGUUGGAGGAUGUGUGUCACGUCCACAAGUUGAUGGUGGGAGAAGAAUUACCUAACUUUGACCUAAGAUAUUCUAUAUUUUCUCUGGAGUAGAAAAUACAAACAUUUGACCUCUCAACCAAACCUGAGAUGCAUGUUGUGUCAGCAUGAUUCUCCAUAUAUCCCCUGUCAGUCCUCUGAAGGUGUAUGUUCUAUAUGCUGGCCGUAUGUGUGUGUUCUACAAGUUCUGGGUUUUAGUUGUGUGUAAUAGGGGUUCUAGGAGCUUUUGGUUUUGCGCCAUUCAGAAUUGCUAAGGUAUUUUAUUAUGGUUUAACGUGUGUGUGUGUGUGUGUGUGUCGUGACUGACAGGUAGACCAGCAGAAGCAGGAGCUGAAUAAAAAGGAAUCAGAGAUGCAGGCCCUUCAGACCAAACUGGAUGCUCUGACCAACCAGAACUCAGACUGCAAACAGCACAUAGAGGUGCUCAAAGAAUCACUCAGCGCCAAGGAGCAACGCUCUACCACACUGCAGACAGAGGUGAGAGUGUUUAAAAAUACUGCACACACGCACAAACGCACACACGCAGCCAGGCAGGCUAUGAGAGGCCUGUGCAGAUCUUACCUAGUCAGGGCCCUCCAUUUAGUCUGUCUGGCCUGGUGCAUUGGGUCUGUCUGGGAGAAAGAGCAACAAGCUCACGGGUUGACCAAUUUGACUUCAGAUUCUGACGUUUAUCCACGUUUCUCUAAACGUCCAAUUUCGAAGUUGCUCCAAAUGUCAAAUUUCGAUGUGUUUUGGACACCCUAGGUUGCGGCUGCGACUCCUUUAUGCGGCUCCUCCUGCAGUUUAGGGUUAAGGUUUGGGAUAGGGUUAAAACCCCAAGAAAUUAAACGAGUGUUUAGCACUGGGAUUGAACAGGCGACCCUCGGAGCCAGAGCUCGCGGCUUAAGCCCAUCCCCGUCCACAACACCAUAGCAAAACCUAAGCCUACUUAAUGGUAAUAGCGCUCACCGUUGCCCCUAGUUGGAGGGUUUUAAAGGCAUCUCUCAACGUCCUCGGGACAUGGACCAACGUCCAAUUUCUAAGUAAAUCUUGAGCGACCUGGCAGGAGAGAAACUGAGGGAGGCUGAGGGAGACUGGCAGUGUUUUCAUCUCUCUGUCUUUGAAGUCCUGAACUCUGUGGGUCUAAUGAUUUUAUGAGGCGGGGGGUGAGGUGGGGGGCAGGUUAGCAUUUUUCUCCAAACUUCUGUGGAGUUGGAAGCGAUACUUUAGAUGUCUUUGUGCGCGGCAGCGGAGAGCGGCUCACUAACGAUGUCCACUCUUCAUUACAGGAAGCAAUUUGGGCCGAAAUUAGGGCUAAUAGUCUAUACAUGUGCAAGGAAUUUUGGCGUAGCGGUGAGCCGAAUACAUCAUACUUAAACGCCCACAAGAGCUGGAGCUGAAAGACGAUGCCCAUAGUUUACCCAUGAUGUUGCAGAACGAUUUAAGUCAAUAAGUCAUCAUUUUAGUCAAAGUAUGAUAUAUUUGGGCUUGAAGUGGGACAUUCGUGGAAAUCCGUGUCAAUGCAUUGUGUUUCCCCUAUGACAUGACAUGCUAAUAAUUUUUGGUCUACAUUUCUUCAGGGCUGGGUUUUAGUUUAAAGUUACCACCCACCAGCAUGGCAUUGUUUAUUAAUCAGAAACACCAGCAAUGUGUUUCUGAUGAAUACUUUUUAACUUCUUUUUUAGGUAGUCUGUAUAUAUAUCGUGGUCAAAACCAUUCAUCUUGGGGCGACGGGGGGAGCGGGUUUCCAAAAUUCUAUAUCACAUGCAUUUUGACCAUUUAGCAAAUGUUUGUGACCACGCUAGAAAACCAAGUAUCUAUCCUAUAAUGAAAAGGCACCUGCAAAAGAAAAUUGCACAAACUUCUUUAUCUAUUUUGUUGUGCUGUUGUUACAUUUGUAUUAGGUGUUUCAUGUCUGAUGCGCUCUGGAAGAUGUUUAAACUUUGGUGAUAACAAGAGAUGGCAAAGUCAAAUAUACUGGUUCCCCAUAUCCAUCUUUGGCAAAGUUUUCACUAAAUGCUAAUGACAAAUCCAGCUCCAGAACCAGCCAUAACCUAGCCAGCCGGCUAAUCUUUUGAAUAUGGUGUAGCAACAACAGAUAACAUUAGCUAGAUAGACAAGGUUAGCAUGCUAGCUACACUGACAGCUGUCAGUGCUCUACUUGUUGUUAUUUGUCCACCCCACGUGGAAAUCACCACAAUGUUCUCACCCCCAAUUCGGGAAUAUGUAUUAGUAGCCUGCGUCAUUCUUCUGAGGUGGAAGCUAAACGAGAAUUUCCACUCUAGGACAGGAAUUAACGUUGAAAUAGGGGCGGCAUUGCCCUCUGGUUGGGGUCUUUAAAGGAAUUGACUUUCAGUGGGUGGUGUGUGUGAGAUUGUGUGUGUGUGACAGAGGGUCAAUAUAUAAUUGGCUGUAAUGCACCUGACAUUUGACACUUCGCUCUAACAUGAGAGGCUGCUGGGAUAUGGAUGGCCAUAAUGGGAUCUGUCAGCCCUGAUCUCACACACAAACAUACACAUACACACACACUCUCACACACAGUCAGUCAGUCAAUCCCAAUCUGGACCCCUAUUCCCCCCCCCCCCCCCCCCCCCCCCCCCCCCAUUCCAGUCUCUAUAUCCUUCUGUCUAUCCCCGUGGCCAUCACUCCAUCUUGCCCUCCAGCUCUAUCAGAGUGGAUUAAAGCCUUGGCCUCAGAGCCAGGUUCCAUAGAGGCUGACAGCCAUGUUACUGGAGGGGUAGAGGGAGGGCCACAGACCCACAGACAGGCAGCCACUCUGGUACUGAAAAGAAGAAGAGUGGCUAGAGAGAACAGACGAUGUAGUGUGAUUUGAGGGAAGUAGAGAAUCAAGGAAGACAUAAUAGAGUGGAAUGGAAGUGCAUUUAUCAGACCCAUCAAAGUUAAGGACCGCUCCUAAAUGGGGUUUGAUUGAAUCCAUCUCUUGGUUUUCCUCUGUGGGAAUGGAAAAAUAUGUGUGUGUUCGUAUGUGUGUGUGCGUGCGUGUUUAAGCACAGCAUUGUGGAGGGUGCAGUGGAAAUGUAACCCUGUAAUAGGUGUGUGUUAUCUGUCCUGCUGAGGUCAGUGUAGUGCUGAAACGGUACACCUGCAGAUCAGGUAACCAGUCACACGGCCCUCCUGCAUAUUUAACUAGCCAAUGAGAGAGUGGCAGGAAGCAGAGCUGUAUUGGAGAAGUCAGAGAGCGGUGCACCACUGUUUGCUGGAGAGUUAGUAUCACAGUUUUACUUUGAAAAGGUACAAAAAGAAUGAAUCAAUGCAGGGUUUUACCAUGCUGUCUUUGUAAACGGGCUAAAACUGGAGUUGAUCCUGUCCCUGAAGCCUGCAGAGCAGUGGCUCUGUUGUAUUCAGCAGUGGGGGUUAUGAGUAGGCCCACUCUGAGCCUCGUGCUGCGACCAUGUUGAUAAAUCACAGUGUGAAAAUGGGUCCCACCUGUGCAACUGGCCUCCACAAAGGAGCCGGCAGGAGCCGACAUGUCCGCCGGGUCACAGGCACAGCCAGGGGGGGAAACAGGAAAACACCCGCCACUCAAACCAUGUCACAACACCGGGUCACAAGCACAGCCAUAGGGGGAAACAGGAAAACACCCGCCACUCAAACCAUGUCACAACACCGGGUCACAGUAUGUGGCAGAGCUAGCGAUUGUGUGUUUGCGGUUGAGCACUCAUAAACCCUGGUGACCCCAAACCAUGUCACACACACACACAACCCCAACCUUGUGCAAAUACACGUCAGUUUUAUGGUGCCCUUUUAAAGUGCGAUGAGAGUUGGAUUACCACCUUUCAUAGUUGUCUCUAAAAUCAUCAGCUGUGAAGUGCUUUUGUUUGACACUGUUCGUUAUCCAGGUUGGUGUGUGUGUGUGUUUGCAUAUGCGUGUGUGUGUGCAUGGUAGUAUGCACUGCAGUAACCCCAGUAGGGGUGUGUCUGUGUUGUUCUUUUCUGAUCUCUGUGUGAUGAAUGGCCUGCAUGGGUAGUGAGUCGUGAAAAGAGAUGUGGUCUGAACCAUGCUAACACAGAAAGAUGUAGGCUCACUCUAUUCAGGUCUCCUUAUUCUGGUCUCUCUCUAGCUUUCUUUUUGUCUCUGUCUCUGUCUCUGUCUCUGUAUCUGUCUCUGUCUCUGUCUCUCUCUCUCAUCUGAGGAUGUUGAGGCAGGUGAGAACCUUCAUAUGGUAGGAACCAGGAAGUAGAUUGUUGCUAUGGCUGCAAAAGUCAGGAUUAACCCAAUGCCAGGAAUAUAUCAAAUAUAUCCUAACCCCUUACCAAUAGAGUUUGGUUUGAACUGGACUGAUCUGGACUGGAACUGGGUUUUUGUGAUUUGUUACGAUGUUGUUGACCAUUUUAAAUGGCUUUGACCUAGUUUGAACCGCCUCGAACGGGUUUGGAACUCAUUUGACCUGGUUCGACCGCUGUGACCGUUCUCCGGCCGUCCUCUGUUCCUGUGUUCCAUUAGUGUGGUUUGGGACGUGGUGUUAGCUGUGGAGUGUCAGGGCCCCCAGAACAAACAUGGUGCGGUCCAAAGUAAAGCCCCCGCGUACAGGAGAGGCCAUGUGGAAAAACCAUAAAGAGGAGUUAUAGGGGUCAGAGUGGGGAUGAGAUAUUUAAUGGUUUACACAGAGGGAGACGUAAACAUGUGUGAGGCUGAACACACAUCACAAAUGGUAGAAUACACACACACACUGUAUGCUCCAAAACACAUACUGCACGCUCAAACACACAACAUAGUACAUCAUUAACUUUGCAGUCCUCCCAGAUCAUCCACUCCUCACACGCACAUACACACACAAACACACACAUACACACUGCCCACCCAUGAUACGUUUCCUAUAGUGCAUAAUGUCCAGGUAACAGGUGUGUGUAGUUGUCUUUAAACUGUGGGAGGUCAGGAGGUCAGUAAGCACACACAGAAACCUCUCCUGCGGUUUCACUGCUGAGGGAAAAAUCUUGCAGAGGAAAUCAUAUGCUACUGUGGAAGACUGUUUAUGGACAGCUAGUCUUGUUGAUCUAAGUUUUGGUUUCUUUUGUAUACUGAACAAAAAAUAUAAAAGCAGCAUGCAACAAUUUCAAAGAUUUUGCUGAGUUACAGUUCAUACAAGGAAAUCAGUCAAUUGAAAUAAAUUCAUUAGGCCCUAAUCUAUGGAUUUCACAUGACUGGGCAGGGACGCAGCCAUGGGUGGGCCUGGGAGGGCAUAGGCCCACCCACUUGGGAGCCAGGCCCAGCCAAUCAGAAUGAGUUUUUCCCCACAAAAGGGCUUUGUUACAGACAGGAAUACUCCUCCGCACACAGCUCUGGUGGACGUUUCUGCAGUCAGCAUGCCAAUUGCACGCUCCCUCAAAACUUGACAUCUGUGGCAUUGUGUUGUGUGACAAAACUGCACAUUUUAGAGUGGCCUUUUAUUGACCCCAGCACAAGGUGUACCUGUGUAAUGAUCAUGCUGUUUGAUCAGCUUCUUGAUAUGCCACACCUGUCAGGUGGAUGGAUUAUCUUGGCAAAGGAGAAAUGCUCACUAACAGGGAUGUAAACAAAUUUGUGCACAAAAUGUGAGAGAAAAAGCUUUUUGUGCGUAUGGAACAUUUCUGGGAUCUUUUAUUUCAGCUCAUGAAACAUGGGACCAACACUUUACAUGUUGCGUUUAUAUUAUUUUUCAGUGUAGAACUUUCAGACAAAAUGUAAUUCUAUUUAUCUAUAAAGUUGUGAGAUCUUUGACUCUAUCUCAAACCUAAUAUAGCGUAGUGUAGCUGAGGAAGCUCAUCAUUUGGAAAGGGUCCUAAUGGUUUAGUCAAAAUAAAUGGGUCAUUAUAUGGCACAACUGAUUCAGAAUAUUAACGGUGAGUUUUACAAGUCUGUGGUUUUUCCUCUCUUUCUCUCUCUCGCUCUCGCUCUCAAUUUUCAAUUGAAGGUCUCUCUCUCUCUCCAUUUGAAAUGUUUGUCCUUUAGCAGACGCUCGUAGUGUCUUACAGUUAGUGCAUUCAUCUUCAGAUGCUGUAGCUAGGUGGGACAACCACAUAUCACAGUCGUAACAAGUACAUUUGUCCUCAAUAAAGAAGCUAUCAGCAAAGCCAGUGCUUGUAGGGAUAGUAGGAGAAGACAAGUGGGUGGGUGGUGGGGGCGCCAUGUGAUUUAUUUAAGAUAGGGACUCCGCUGUCCUGACAUUAGCUUGUUCAACCAUUGGGGUGCCAGGACAGAGAAGAGCUUUGACUGGGCUGAGCGGAAGCUGCCCUCCGACAGACAGACAGACAGACAGACAGACAGACAGACAGACACAGACACAGACACAGACACACACACACACACACACACACACACACACACACACACACACACACACACACACACACACACACACACACACACACACACACACAGUAAUGAGUAUCAUGUCAUGUCACCUGUCCGUCAGCACUCAAUUACCCAGCAGCCUCUGCAGUGAAGACAGUCGUGUGUUUGGAGAGACAAUGGCUGCCAUUCUGUGGAGUUUGACCUCUUCUCUCCUUAGGGUCACUGUGAUUACCUCAGGCCACUUAACCUCUAGAAUACACACAACACACAACACACACGACAGUAACAGAUAUACUGUAGCACCCUCACGUCAACCCUACCCAUGUCAGAAUCACGAACUGUGUUUAUGUGCAAUGUGAACUUAAGUCAAUAUGGAGCUGAGGACAGUGUAAGCCUUAGAAGCCCAUCCUGAUGACUCUCCCCCCACACCAUCACUUCACGAUCAAACCCAGUCAGUAUAGAAGUCACAGCAGCUACCCACCAACACCCUCUCACCCUGUCUGCUCUGACCCCAGAGUGAGUCACAGCAGCUACCCACCAACACCCUGUCUGCUCUGACCCCAGAGUGAGUCACAGCAGCUACCCACCAACACCCUCUCACCCUGUCUGCUCUGACCCCAGAGUGAGUCACAGCAGCUACCCACCAACACCCUGUCUGCUCUGACCCCAGAGUGAGUCACAUCAGCUACCCACCAACACCCUGUCUGCUCUGACCCCAGAGUGAGUCACAGCAGCUACCCACCAACACCCUGUCUGCUCUGACCCCAGAGUGAGUCACAGCAGCUACCCACCAACACCCUGUCUGCUCUGACCCCAGAGUGAGUCACAGCAGCUACCCACCACCACCCUCCCUCCCUGUCUGCUCAGACCCCAGAGUGAGCAACCCCAUUCCUCUAUAUUUGUAUUUGGCCAAGGUCCUCUCAGACUCCCUCUCUGACUCUCUCUCUCUCUCUCUCUCUCUCUCUCUCUCUCUCUCUCUCUCUCUCUCCUCUCUCUCUCUCUCUCAGAAGGCCAGUGUGCAUCCCGUACUCCGCUGCUGACAUGUGGCAGCAAUUUCAGCCUCAUUUCUCAAAUACAACACACACACACACAUACGCACGCACACAAGCACGGGCAUGCAAGCACACACAAUAUCUUGCUCACCUAGCCACACACGCUCACUCUAACACAUAGGCCUACAUUCAUGUAAACACCCUAUUCUGUCUGUCUGUCUCUUGUUGUGGGUCUAAGAUGUUCAGGGUCGUAUUCUGCAUCUCUUUACAUGUAUAUGUUUGUACUGGAUGAUGGAGCAGCUGUUUCCCCUGCCCCCUCUCCUCACACAGAGGUGUGUGUGUCUGUGGCACACACUGAGGUCUGAGGGACAGGCUUUGAAGCUCCAGUCUCCCCUGAGGCUUCCUGGUCCUGAGGGUCCUUCACCUCCCUGUGUUCGAUGAUGAUGAUGAUUGCUCUUCCUCUCACUUCGCCACAGUCUGCAGGAAAAGGGAGGCCAGUGAAAAUAGAGUGGUGGGGGCAGGGGUAUGGGGUGAGUGAAUAGAAGAGUACUUCAGACAGUUGGUUGGGGGGCAAUUCAAAUACAGUUGGAGGGGAGGGGGGUUAGAGGAGUGGGGAGGGGGGGUUAGAGGAGUGGGGAGGGGGGUUAGAGGAGUGGGGAGGGGGAUUAGAGGAGUGGGGAGGGGGGCUAGAGGAGUGGGGAGGGGGGGGUUAGAGGAGUGGGGAGCGGGGAGGGGGGUUAGAGGAGUGGGGAGGGGGGUUAGAGGAGUGGGAGGGGGGUUAGAGGAGUGGGGAGUGGGUUAGAGGAGUGGGGAGGGGGGUUAGAGGAGUGGGGAGGGGGGUUGAAGGAGUGGGGAGGGGGGUUAGAGGAGUGGGGAGGGGGGAGGGGGGUUAGAGGAAGUGGGGAGGGGGGUUUAGAGGAGUGGGGAGGGGGGUGGGUUAGAGGAGUGGGGAGGGGGGUAGAGGAGUGGGGAGGGGGGUUAGAGGAGUGGGGAGGGGGUUAGAGGAGUGGGGAGGGGGGUUUAGAGGAGUGGGGGAGGGGGGUAGAGGAGUGGGGAGGGGGGUAGAGGAGUGGGGAGGGGGGGUGGGGGUAGAGGAGUGGGGAGGGGGGAGGGGGGGUAGGGGGAAGGUAGAGGGAGGGGGAGGGGGUUAGAGGGAGUGGGGAGGGGGGGUAGAGGAGUGGGAGAGGGGGGUAGAGGAGUGGGGAGGGGGGUUAGAGGAGUGGGGAGGGGGGUGUUAGAGGAGUGGGGAGGGGGGAGGUAGAGGAGUGGGGAGGGGGGGGUGGUAGAGGAGUGGGAGGGGGGGGAGGGGGGGUUAGAGGAGGGGGAGGGGGGGUUAGAGGAGGUGGGGAGGGGGGGGGGUUAGAGGAGUGGGGAGGGGGGUUAGAGGAGUGGGAGGGGGAGGGGGGUUAGAGGAGUGGGGAGGGGGGGUAGAGGAGUGGGGAGGGGGGUGGGGUAGAGGAGGGGGAGGGGGGUUAGAGGAGUGGGGAGGGGGGUUAAAGGGGGGGGAGGUGGGGAGGGGGGGUUGAGGGUGGGGAGGGAGGGGGUGGAUGGGGGGAGAGGAGUGGGGAGGGGGGUUAGAGGAGUGGGGAGGGGGGGUUAGAGGAGUGGGGGGGGGGGUUAGAGGAGUGGGGAGGGGGGCUAGAGGGUGGGGAGGGGGUUAGAGAGUGGGGAGGGGGGUUUGAGGAGUGGGGGAGGGGGGGUUAGAGGAGUGGGGAGGGGGGGUAGAGGAGUGGGGAGGGGGAGUGGGAGGUAGGUGGGGAGGGGGGUUAGAGGAGUGGGAGAGGGGGGGUUAGAGGAGUGGGGAGGGGGGUAGAGGAGUGUGGGAGGGGGGGGGGGGGUAGUAGAGGAGUGGGGAGGGGGUGGGGUGGGAGGGGGGAGGGGGGUAGAGGAGUGGGGGAGGGGGGUUUAGAGGAGGGGGGUUAGGGGGUGGGGAGGGGGGUUAGAGGAGUGGGGAGGGGGGUGGGGUGGUAGGGUGGUAGGGGGGGGGGGGAGGGGGUAGAGGAGUGGGGAGGGGGGUUUAGAGGAGUGCGGAGGGGGGGUAGAGGAUUGGGGGUAGGGUGGGUUUAGAGGAGUGGGGAGUGGGGUUUUUUAGGAGCUAUGUGGGGGCGGGGAUGGGUGGCUAGAGGAGUGGGCGAGGGGGGUUAGAGGAGUGGGAUAGGGGGUUUAUAGAGGAGUGUGGAGGGGGCACCCGUCUUUCCUUUAGCCAUAAAUCACUCCUAGAAAAACACGAUUACCCCUCAGACAUUUAUAAAGCGCUGCAGCCCCGUUAAUAAUUAGGCCUGAUCAUUAAUGAAAGAAAUAAAGAAUGCGGUUGGUCUCUCACGCCCAGAGGGGCUCUGCUCCCUGAGGAACGCACCGGAAAUGUCCGCCCGCCGGGAAAACUCAUUUCUCAUGUUUGUUUUCUAACUCACACACACACCUGCAUAUGCACACACACGUUUAUACACAAACACACGCACGCACGCACACACACACACUUAUAUACACACACACACACACCUGCAUAGGCACACACAUGCACAUGCAUUUAAACAUGUGUGUUGUUUGGGGUAUUUUUGGUGAGGGGUGGGGUGAGGAGGGUAAAUAAUUACUAAUUAAACCAGCUGUAGAUUAACCCCUCCCACCCCCUCCUCCCCUACCGAUAAUGACCUCUGACUUCCUGUAUGUGUCAAUGCUGAGGUCAUUCACCCAGCCAAUGAGCUGCCAGGCUGGCUGACGUAUGAACCCCAGCAGGAGAGGAGCUGUUGACCUCUGACCUCUGACACAGGGCAUGUGUGGCUCUAAAUAUACCCUUCACAGGGGCCUCCUGUAGCUCAGUUGGUAGAGCAUGGCGCUUGCAACGCCAGGGUUGUGGGUUCGAUUCCCACGGGAGGCCAGUAUGGAAAAUGUAUGCACUCACUAACUGUAAGUCGCUCUGGAUAAGAGUGUCUGCUAAAUGACUUUAAAAAAAAGGGAGGGAGAGGAUAGAUAGAGGGAGAGGAUAGAGGGAGAGGAUAGAGGGAGAGGAUAGAGGGAGAGGAUAGAGGGAGAGGAUAGAGGCGAGGAUAGAGGGAGAGGAUAGAGGGAGAGGAUAGAAGGAAGGAGGGAGAGGAUAGAGGGAGGAGGGAGAGAAAGAGGGAUAUCUAGGGGUAGUUUGUUCUCAACAACAAUAGAAAUGCUCAAGAGAGAUGGAGAGACAAAAAUAACCUUCCAGCUGAUUGAGUAUGGAGGCCUUCACUAUUGCUCCCUACAGUACAUGGUUUACAGUAUUGUAUGAAUCAGUAUUGCUCCCUACAGUACAUGGUUUACAGUAUUGUAUGAAUCAGUAUUGCUCCCUACAGUACAUGGUUUACAGUAUUGUAUGAAUCAGUAUUGCUCCCUACAGUACAUGGUUUACAAUAUUGUAUGAAUCAGUAUUGCUCCCUACAGUACAUGGUUUACAGUAUUGUAUGAAUCAGUAUUGCUCCCUACAGUACAUGGUUUACAGUAUUGUAUGAAUCAGUAUUGCUCCCUACAGUACAUGGUUUACAAUAUUGUAUUAAUCAGUAUUGCUCCCUACAGUACAUGGUUUACAGUAUUGUAUGAAUCAGUAUUGCUCCCUACAGUACAUGGUUUACAGUAUUGUAUGAAUCAGUAUUGCUCCCUACAGUACAUGGUUUACACUACAGGACUCAACAUUAAGGCAUGUCCGCUUGUCCGGGGCAAGUAAAGAAAAUUGUUGGACAACCAGAAUAUAAACUUCAGUUGUCCGAAUGGACAAGUAAAAUAAUCACUAUCAAACAACUACUCCGAUCAGCAUUGGAUCAGGCAGCGGUGCUGCCGCAGCCACAGCAUGGUUGAAAUUCUGAAUAAAUUCUGAGCCCAUAUUCCUAUAUUGAACAAAAAUAUAAACGCAACAUGCAACAUUUUCAAAGAUUUUACUGAGUUACAGUUCAUAUAAGGGAAUCAGUCAAUUUAAAUAAAUAAAUGAGGCCCUAAUCUAUGGAUUUCACAUGACUGGAAAUACAGAUAUGCAUCUGUUGGUCACAAAUACCUUUAAAAAAAGGUAAGGGCGUGGAUCAGAAAACCAGUCAGUAUCUGGUGUAACCACCAUUUGCCUCAUGCAGCGCAACACUUGUCCUUCGCAUAGAGUUGAUCAGGCUGUUGAUUGUGGUCUGUGGAAUGUUGUCCCACUCCUCUUCAAUGGCUGUGUGAAGUUGCUGGAUAUUGUCGGGAACUGAAACACGCUGUCGUACACGUCGAUCCACAGCAUCCCAAGCAUGCUCAAUGGGUGACAAGUCUGGUGAGUAUGCAGGCCAUGGAAGAACUGGGACAUUUUCAGCUUCCAGGAAUUGUGUACAGAUCCUUGCGACAUGGGUCCGUGCAUUAUCAUGCAUGAGGUGAUGGCGGCAGAUGAAUGGUACGACAACGGGCCUCAGGAUCUCGUCACGGUAUCUCUGUGCAUUCAAAUUGCCAUCGAUAAAAUGCAAUUGUGUUCGUUGUCCAUAGCUUAUGCCUGCCCAUACCAUAACCCCGCCGCCACCAUGGGGCACUCUGUUCAUAACGUUGACAUCAGCAAACUGCUCACCCACACCACGCCUUAUACACUGUCUGCCAUUUGCCUGGUACAGUUGAAACCGGAAUUCAACCGUGAAGAGCACCCUCCUCCAGCGUGCCAGUGGCCAUUUGAAGGUGAGCAUUUUCCCACUGAAGUCGGUUAUGACGCCGGACUGCAUUCAGGUCAAGACCCUGGUGAGGACGACGAGCACACAGAUGAGCUUCCCUGAGACGGUUUCUGACAGUUUGUGCAGAAAUUCUUCGGUUGUGCAAACCCACAGUUUCAGCUGUCCGGGUGGCUGGUCUCAGACAAUCCUGCAGGUGAAGAAGCCGGAUGUGGAGGUCCUGGUCUGGCGUGGUUACACGUGGUCUGCUGUUGUGAGGCCAGUUGGAUGUACUGCCAAAUUCUCUAAAACGACGUUGGAGGCGGCUUAUGGAAGAGAAAUGAACAUUCAAUUCUCUGGCAACAGCUCUGGUGGACAUUCCUGCAGUCAGCAUGCAAAUUGCACGCUCCCUCGAAACUUGAGACAUCUUUGGCAUUGUGUUGUGUGACAAAACUGUGGCCUUUUCAUUGCACCUGUGUAAUGAUCAUACUGUUUAAUCAGCUUCUUGAUUUGCCACACCUGUCAGGUGGAUGGAUUAUCUUGGCAAAGGAGAAAGGCUCACUAAAAGGGAUCUAAAGACAUGUGUGCAUAAAAUUUGAGAGAAGUAAGCUUUUUGUGCGAAUGGAAAAUUUCUGGGAUCUUUUAUUUCAGCUCAUGAAACACUUUACAUGUUGUGUUUAUAUUUUUGUUCAGUAUAUUUGCUAUAGACUAUUUCAAUAAAUAUGUUAUAUUUACACCAAGCAAGAGAACAAUGUAGACGGAGCUAAGAGUCUCACCAAAGCAGCGCAAAAUAUCCGACCAGAAAAUGUUUUAUUUAUUUUUAUUUAUUUAUUUAACCUUUAUUUAACUAGGCAAUUCAGUUAAGAACAAAUUCUUAUUUACAAUGACGGCCUACCCCGGCCAAACCCGGACGACGCUGGGCCAAUUGUGCGCCGCCCUAUGGGACUCCCAAUCACGGCCGGAUUGUGAUACAGCCUGGAGUUGAACCAGGGUCUGUAGUGACGCCAUCCGAAUGUCGGAUGAUUUGGGCCAAUAGCCGAAGUCUAUUAUUUAUAGCGGACACUCCGGUGUCGUAUUGUUGUAGAUGCCCAGAUUGUUUAUUUUCUCUCAAUUUGAUAUGAAUAUGACUUAGCCUUUUAAGCCACUCUUUCAGUUUAAUGCAUGCUAGACUUCUCCUGCCGCACUAUUUCAUGAUCAAACAAUGAAUGAAUCUAAUAGAGUUCUAGGCUAUCUCUGAAAGUUUUAAGUUGUUUUUGAAUAACCCCAAAACAUGGGAGGCCUAGGGUAAUAAUGAGAGAGAUAGAAGAAACAAUAGCAAGAUCUAAAAAUCUAAUGAGAAAUAUGAACAAACCUUACAGUUGAGCAAAGCAUUAUAAGACAGAAAUGAUGCAUGCAUGUGAAAAAAAUCCUUCCUUGCCAUUGCGAACCAAACGACCAAAAGCCUAAUCCUACUAACUGAAAUAUCAUAAAAGCAUUAACACAAAUUAAAGUUAUGAAGAGUAUUUUCCAAAGUGUUUAAGUUCUUAAAGUUGCAGCUUUUAAAUGGGAAUAAUUAUGAAAGUUGCAUUCUAUGCUAUUCUCAUUCACAGAUUUAUUUUGAAUGACAAAUAUUUUAGGCCACAAGUAAGUGAAAGUUAGCAAACAACACCAAGAUGGAAAAAUCUAAUCAGUCAAAACAAAAUGUAGGCUACAGCUGAGGAAAGCUUAUGAAAGAAAUGCGUAGUUGGCCUAGGCCUAUUUCCAUAUUAUUCUAGCAAUGUGCAGCCUACCUACAACACACAUGGUAUCUUAGGCCUAAUGAGAGAGGAGGAUGAGGAAAAAAUGUGAAUGAGUUGCUUUGCAGCCCAUGAUGAUUUACAACCCAUCACAAGGUGCAUAGCCAGCGAGGCUCGUUGACUGUCACUCACUCCAUCUGUGCGCUUUGGCACACACAGAUAGUCAGAUAGGUGACUACACAUCUCUUUAGUACCACAGAUAGUCAGAUAGCCAGAUAGGCGACUACACAUCUCUUUAGUACCACAGAUAGUCAGAUAGCCAGAUUGGUGACUACACAUCUCUUUAGCACCACAGAUAGUCAGAUAGCCAGAUAGGCGACUACACAUCUCUUUAGUACCACAGAUAGUCAGAUAGCCAGAUAGCAAGAUUGGUGACUACACAUCUCUUUAGUACCACAGAUAGUCAGAUAGCCAGAUAGGCGACUACACAUCUCUUUAGUACCACAGAUAGUCAGAUAGCCAGAUAGCAAGAUAGGCGACUACACAUCUAUUUGGGUCCACAGAUAACAAGAUAGGUGACUACACAUCUCUUUCAUGCCACAGCUCCAACAGAGUGGAAUAGGCUAUUCGAAAAGAUUUAGCUCCACAUGAUUCCUCUCAUCCCUCCCGUAGCUUUCCAGCCAAGUGCGUAGCAGUGUUUUUGCUUUUUAUAUUAUUGUGGAUGGCCGCUAGGGAGAUAUAACAUUGUCUAUGGGCAAGCACAGACAUUUAUUUCAGAUCCCUCCUACGUACUUUACCAUUUUUCAGCCACCCUUUUGGCCGAUGGUGUUACGGACCUUUUUUGGUGAAGUCAAAAAUCAGUCCUACUAAAAAAAGUUAAUGUCAAGCCCUGCACGAUUGUAAGUGUCAGUAUUGCUCCCUACAGUCCAUGAUUUAUAGUAGUAUUGCUCCCUACAGUACAUGAUUUACAGUAUUGUAUAUGUGUAUUGCUCCCUACAGUACAUGAUUUACAGUAUUGUAUAUGUGCAUUGCUCCCUACAGUACAUGAUUUACAGUAUUGUAUAUGUGUAUUGCUCCCUACAGUACAUGGUUUACAGUAGUAUUGCUCCCUACAGUACAUGAUUAACAGUAUUGUAUAUGUGUAUUGCUCCCUACAGUACAUGAUUUAUAGUAGUAUUGCUCCCGACAGUACAUGGUUUAAAGUAUUGUAUUUAUCAGUAUUGCUCCCUAUAGUACGUGAUUUACAGUAUUGUAUAUGUCAGUAUUGCUCCCUACAGUACAUUAUUUACAGUAGUAUUGCUCCCUACAGUACAUGGAUUACAGUAUUGUAUAUAUCAGUAUUGCUCCCUACAGUACAUGGUUUACAGUAGGAACAGUUCAAUCAGCUAGGCAGGAAAUGGAAGGCCUGGAAACAGGAUGCAACGGCUGGCGAGGAACGUUUGGAAAUGAUCAGGAAAAAUAAUCAAACAUGGUGCGAGUAUUAAUGAGGGAGAACGCCCAUGGUGUCUUGUGGUGUGUGUCUGUAUAUGUGUGUGUGUGUGUGUGUGUGUGUGUGUGAGUGAGUGAGUGCGUGCGUGUGUGUGUGUGGUAUCUCUCCCUCCUAUAGUAGUUAAUGAUGAUGGAUGAUAUGGUUAAGGAAGGCUGUGAGCAGCUGUGUUUGGGGUAAAGUAGGAUUGUAAUAGAGGAUAGAAUCUGUCCACUAGAGCUUAACUAUAUCCCUCUUCAACCAUCUAGGAUGAGAGAUCUACCAUCAUGAAAGAAGACAUAUGAAACAUCCAACAAGCUCUGUCUCACUGCAGAAUUAGACGCUUUUCCAAGUUUCUCCAAACAUCAGAUCUGGAGUGAUCUCUCUGGAAACAUCAACCAUUGACUGGCAUUGCGUUCCCCCUCCACCAGUAUACAUGAACAUCAGUAGAACAGUGACAUGCUCAUGACCUGAGGCCCUUGUGUCAUUUAAAGAUACAUUUAAAGUGCGUGCGUGCGUGUUUGUGUGUGCACUUGCGUGUGUGUAUUUGAAUAGUUUUCUCCUGUUCUUUGCCCUGCAGCCCAUACUACAGUUCAUCCUGUCAUUAUCCCAUAAGGGGGCCUGUGUGAUCCGGUCAUUACGUGACUCCAGAUCUGCGCUAUGAAGUGUGUGUGUCUUUGUGUGUGUGUGUGUGUGUGUGUGUUUGAGCUUUGGCCGUGUCUCAUUCUCAGCUUGAUGACACACCUCGGAAUUCUCUGCCCUUGCCUGAGGACAGGGAACAUUCUCUCAUAUCCGCAUGGAUCAGUGUGUGAGGUGUGGUGUGUGUGUGUGUGUGUGUGUGUGUGUGUGAAUGAGUUGGAGUGUUUUAGUAGUGAGCCAUUAAGAAGGACUCAUAGGUUUGUAGCUCAAGGUGUGAAGCAGGAUGAAAGAGGGGUCCUGAGACAGACAGAGAGACAGGCGUGGUAUGGCCAGCCCUGCCCUGUAGGCGUCCACUGACCUGCCUGUAUCCCAGACUCCCAGCUCUGAGAUUAUGCUGGUGUGCCACACCACCACACACCUGCACUGGCCUCCUGGGCCUCUCCCGAUCUAGACAGGCUUUAUGGAUGAAGGAAAGGGAACCUUUGUAGUGUAUUGAGAUGUGCUUUAUAUACAAUAGCUCCAGUGUAAUAAUCAGAAUGGAAAAGUGUUCCCGGUAGAUGUAUGGGAGGUACUUGCACUUAAUUUUAUUUCUUACAGUCUGUGUAGGUGUUCCUAUAUCUUAGAAGUCUGUUAUAAUUAAUUUUAAUGACAGUCAGAUGUCCAGGUCCAUUGUGGGACCACUGGAUCAGUGCAAGGACUUUUCUCUCAUUAAACUGUUGAGUUCCUCUGUGAUAGAGAGCAGAGCAGAAGUUUCUUCACAUGGAUAGAGAUAGAUGUGGAAUUACUGUUUACAUGAGAUACUGAGCUGGUCUCAGAUCUCUGUGUGUGUGUGUGUGUCUGUGUGUGCAAGUGUACGUGAUCUAUUUCUGGUCUCUGUGCCUCUCCACUGAUAGACUCCAGGUUCAGGGAUACCUACAUUUAAAAAAAUACCAAAAAGAAGAAGAUUAAAAAGCAACUUGCAGUUCCUUUUGUCUUUACCGGUAUAAAUCAUCAACAAUCAUCAGACAACCAAUAUUACAUACCCAGAUAGAGGCUUGCUCUACUCAGACAAUCUUGUAACUGAAGAAUAUUGUGUGACAGGAGCCAAACUUUUGGUCAGUAUUUCCCUGGGCACCCUUAUUAGGGGAGGACAUGCAGGAAAUUGGUCAAGCACCCCUUGGUCAUGUCACAGAUUAUCCAUUAUAUUGACCAGAUACUCAAGUGGCCUCGCUAACAAUGAAAAUAAAUGCCUUCAAAAAUGGAAGGCAGUCAGGAAGAGGCAAGAUCAGGUGGGACCAUUCAAGCCAAUGAGAGGGCAGAUACGCUUGUGAACAACAGGCGUAACUCCAAUAAAAAGUGUUUUUUCCUCAAAGUUUCCGGGAUGUCACAUGUCCUACUUAUAUCAGUACACUCGUAACAAUUUAAUCAAAUAAGCCACACUUAACAAAUAAGCCAUUUACAUUUUCAUAGAACUGGUAAGCGACAAAAACUAAAACGCCACCUGCUUGAGAGAUUUUUGGCCAUGUUCAGGAGAGAACUUUGCACCUGGAAGGUCCUUUGUUUGUGUGUAUAGGCAGUAUGGUGUUGGUGCAGUUGUUUAUUUAUCCGAGCAACCAUUUUGUGACCAUGCCGUCUUGAAUAAAUGUUUGGGGUGUGGUCGAUUUUGUUCUGAAUGGUAUGUGUUGAGUUUGACCAUCAGUGAGUUAAUUCAAUAUUCAAGAUGUUGAAUAUGUAAAACCACUGCAAUGAUGCCCUUUUGUUUUCAGUUGGUUUAUUUGAAGAAGCUUUUCUGGUUUGAGGUCCAGGCAGUUUAUUGGCAGUCUUUUUAAGUAAAAUCAUUUGUAUUUCUAAAAUAUCUAUUGUGUAUGUAAAUGCGGUGGUUAACUGUUCUUUCUUUUCUACCAUUAGAAGUACAGUAUUGUUUGUCACUGUUUUUGGUCGUCUUGUGAACUUGGUCAGCUGAAUCUCUGUGAAAGCACUGUUCUAUUUCAGAAGUAAUCUAGUGGACGUAACAGAUCUAAGUCAUUUUGGUGUACUCUUGUUAAUGUGUUAUUGAUGUGUCAAACAAGUAAACCUAAACCUCUAAGCUUUAAUCAACUUUACUUGUUCUUUAUAGCUGUCUCUGUACUGUUUUGCUUUAAUGGGCCUAGAACCUGUCUAACGUUUAGAUGUUACAAGUUGUAAUAAAAAUUGUAUAUUUUUCCUAAGGUGUUGUCUGGUCUGUUACAUUGGUCAGAACUGUUGAACCAACUCAAUAGGUGGCCUGUCACAGACCUGUGUCUGAAGUUCUGGUUGUGGUGUUCCCUUCAUUAAACACUAACUGGGCAGUCUGGUAGUUGUGCCAUUUUAGCUCUAAAGUCAUGUCCGUAAAAACACUACAGUAAAUACUACAGUAUACUAGUCAUGUCCACAAAAAAACACUACUGUGAAUAUGACAGUAAAUUACACAAAAAACACUACAUUUAAUAUUAUAGUAUACUAUAGUCAUGUCCGCAAAAACACUACAGUAAAUACUGCAGUAGAUUACCCUCAAAACACUACAGUAAAUACUGCAGUAGAUUACCCCAAAAACACUACAGUAAAUACUGCAGUAGAUUACCCCAAAAACACUACCGUAAAUACUGCAGUAGAUUACCCCCAAAACACUACAGUAAAUACUGCAGUAGGUUACCCCAAAACACUACAGUGAAUACUAUAGUAUAUAGACCAUAGUAUUUUUUUCAUGUGGCUAUUAAGGGUAAAAUAUAGACCAAUUACUCAAAUAUUAUCUGUUAAUUUGGGAUGAUUAAUUUCACAGCAGAUUUAUUCAAAUAAAUGUAUUUUAAUGGAUGACGUAUGGUAUGUUGUAGCACCAGGACACGGGCCAGACACACUCUUGGAUAACACACCUCAUCACAGCAACCCAGAGACAACCUACUGUACCUUCCUGCUUCAGGAGAAGAAUGUACUUGUACUCCUGAGUGGCGCAGUGGUCUAAGGCACUGCAUCGCAGUGCUAACUGUGCCACUAGAGAUCCUGGUUCGAAUCCAGGCUCUGUCGCAGCCGGCCACGACCUGGAGACUCAUGGGCGGCGCACAAUUGGCCCAGCGUCGUCCAGGGUAGGGGAGGGAAUGGCCGCCAGGGUUGUGGGUUCGAUUCCCAUGGGGGGCCAGUAUAAAAAAAUAUGCAUUCACUAACUGUAAGUCGCUCUGGAUAAGAGCGUCUGCUAAACGACUAAAAUGUAAAUGUAAGAAAAACUGUGCAGUGAGCAUGUUGUUUGCAUGUUGUCUAUAGGUUUAGCAUUGUGUUUAGAAGGGUCCAUGUCAGAUGAGGUAGAACAUAAGAAGCAACACCCAGACUGAGUCUACACCUGUUGUAUUCGGCGCAUGUGGCAAAUAAACUUUUGACUGAGUGACUGACUGGACUGGAUCUGUUUUCUGUCUGUUACUCUGCCUGUCUCUGAGGAACAACUGUAUAUCAUCUGUGUGUGUGUGUGUGUAUAUAUGUGAUUCAGCUGUGUAUCAUGCCUGCCUAAGGGUUUGUAAUGUCCAUGCUUUAUAAGGCAGAAGGUUUCAUUCCUGACUCUGUUAGUGUGUACGGUACUGUGGUACUCUCAUACUCUCCAGUUCUGGUACUUUUGAAUGUGGUCUCCUCAUAUAGUCUCCCAGUUGUUUAUUGGGCCCAAAGCCGACUCGAGGUUUUAUACCUUUUGCAGGUUCGGCUGCCAGAAAAACUUUUAUGAUGAAACGUGAAGCAGAAAAAGGGAGGUGAAGACAAACAGUGCUGGUGUUUUCUUUAAACCGCUGUUUUACUUAGCAAACCAACGUCCAAAAACCAGAUUUGGCUGUCAUUAGAAAUAUGAAAGGGGAGGUGAAGUGGGGGAGUGUGUGUAUGCGCGAGACAGUGUGUUUGUGUGUCCACGGCUGCAUGAAUGCGUAUGUGAGAAUGAUAGUGUGUAUGAAUGAGUGUGCGCACAUAAAAAAAAAAGAAAAAGAAAGCAUCUCACUUUGCCAAGAAUUAAUAGUUUUGCAACCACGAAAUCUUGAAAACAUAUCAAGACCUUUUUAAAUGAUCUGGUGUUGAGUGAGGGGCUGGGAGGCUUAUGCUGGGGUUUGGGGGAGAUAGGGCGAUGGAUGUGUUUUUAAUUCAUCCAUGCACCGGCACGCCUCGAUGCAAUCUCCCCCGUCCCCCUUGGAUUUGGACUGAGCCAGGCCAGACUGGACCGCUCUGGGCUCCCUCACUUUAUCUCUCUUCCUCCCAUCUCUCUCUCACUCUCGCUCUCGCUCUCGCUCUCGCUCUCUCUUUCUCUCUCGCUCUCGCUCUCUCUUUCUCUCUCGCUCGCUCUCUCUCGCUCUCUAUCUCGCUCUCUCGCUCGCUCUCUCCCCCUCUCUCUCUUCUCUCUCUUUCUCUCUCGCUCGCUCUCUCCCCCUCUCCCCCCCCCCCCCCCCCCCUCUCUCUCGCUCUCUCUCUCUCGCUCUCUCUCUCUCUCGCCUUCUCUCUCUCUGGGCUGAGCUGUUCCCCACUCCCCCUCUCUGAGCCAAUGAAACACUGUAAUUACAAAACAGAAUGUCCGCACCAGCGUCCAAUAGCUCGUGCCAAAUGAGUCCCUGGUUGCCGUGGAGACAGCAGGCGUUCUGUUUUGCGUGUUGUCACAGGGCAGCGUGGCGUUGAGAAAUGUGGGAUGGACCCCAAAAACAAUGUUUGGCGGGACUGGAGGGAUCCCAUCCCCUCUCUCUCCUCACAACUCACACCUACUGAUGUACACAGGAAGAAUCCUAGGGAGAGGGAGGGAGGGAGGGAGAGAUGGAGGAGGGAGGGAGAGAGGGAGGGAGGGGGGAGGGAGAAGAGAGGGAGGGAGCUGAUCGAGGGAGGAGGGGAGAGGGAGGGAGGAGGGAGGAGGGGGAGGGAGGAGGGGGUGGGGGAGGAUAGAGAGGGGAGUAGAGAGGGAGGAAGGGGGGCAGGAAGAGAAUAG